AUGACACAUAAUGAUGAUCAAUGUGUUCGUAAAAUUCGAUAUCGAUGGCAAAAAGAACAACAACUCGUACGAAAAAAAUAUCAAAUUCCAUAUAGCAUACUUUAUACAUCGAAUCAAUGUUUACAUAAACAUAUUUCAAUCCUAUCCAAUGUUGAAUCUUUAUACAAAAAUGAAAAACUGACUGUCACCGAUAACAAUCUGAAAACAAAAAUCUAUCAACGAGACAAACAUAAUUUUAACAUUAAAACUAAUGAUGCUAAUAAUCUACCAAUAUAUUGUUCCCGACAUCAUCUAAAUCGUAGUGAACGUUCGUACUCAAACAGAUUAGACCAGCGACAGAUUAAUUUAAAAAAAGAAUCAUGUGCAUCCGAUGCGAUGUCAAAAAGAUUUUCGAUCAAUUCGCUGCAUAAACAAGAUGUUCCUAUAGAUUCAAGUUUAAUCGAUCUUUCAUCAAUCGAACAAACAAAUUCUCAAACGGUCAAUUCAAAUCAUUAUGUUUUACUCGAUUGGAAUAAUCGUCAAUCUCUUAUGAAGUUUAUUCGAACAACUGAGUUUAAUCAAAAUCUUAGAACUAUGACAAACGAACAAUUACAUGAACUAAUCACUAGUCAUAAUUAUAUUCAUAUAUUUCAUUCAAUUAUUAAUUUAAUAUUAUCUAUAAAUAAUAAAGAACAUGAAGAAAAUUUCUAUCGUGUCUAUAUUGAUCCAUCUUAUUAUGGAACUAUUCAAGGUACUGUUCCAUUCUGCGAAUCACACUUAAUUGCUGAUAAUAUUAAUCUCAAACGAGUUUUACGCUGCACAGAAAAGAUAGCGCAUCUGCUUGGUAUAAAACUUGACCGAUCUAUUCGUAAAAGUUUCGAAGAAAACCUAUCAACAAAACAACGGAACUCAAUAUUAAAUCAACAAUCUUUAUUUAUUGCAUCAAAAAUUCCUUACAAUACCUUUCGUAAUAGCAGUGUUCAUAUGUAG